AGUUAGUGAAAGAAAUUUGUAGAACAAUCACUUGUUUCUCUCCUUUCUGUGAUGGUGCUGCAAUAUCCCUUGGCUCUCACCACUUUCAUUCUUUUCCUCUCUUUGGUUUGGCUGUUAAAAGUAUGUAAAAAAUCCAAAGUUCAGAAAUUGCCUCCAGGGCCAUGGAAGUUACCUCUUAUAGGAAACUUGCACAACUUGAUAGGAUCACUACCACACCAUGCUCUAAGAGAACUAGCCAGGAAAUAUGGACCCCUCAUGCAUCUUCAACUGGGUGAAGUUUCUACACUUGUGGUAUCUUCCCCCAGGAUGGCCAGUGAGUUCAUGAAGACACAUGACCUUGCCUUUGCGUCAAGGCCACUAUUUCUUGCGGCUAAAAUUAUGACCUACGGUGGCUCAGACAUUGCCUUUUCUCCAUAUUGUGAUUACUGGAGGCAAAUGAGAAAAGUCUGCGUGUUGGAACUCUUAAGUGCCAAGAGGGUCCAAUCCUUCUCUUCUCUUCGAGAAGAAGAAGUUCAUAAUCUCAUUGAGUCCAUCCACUCAUCUUCAGGAUCUCCAAUCAAUUUUAGUGAACAUAUUUUCACUUUGACGACUACUAUUAUAUGUAGAGCAGCAUUCGGUAACAAAUGCAAAGACCGAGAUGAAUUUCUAUCAUUGGUCCAAGAAAUAAUAUCCUUGGCAGGAGGCUUUGAGUUGGCUGAUUUACUCCCUUCACAGAAAGUUGUUCAUAUGUUUAGUCGUGCGACGAUAGCUAAGCUAGAGAAGAUUCAUUUGAAGCUGGACAAGAUCCUGGAGAACAUCAUCCAUGAUCACACGGAGAACCAGAUGAUGAGUGCAUCAGCAGAUCAAGAAGAUCUUGUUGACGUCCUUUUAGGCCUUCAGAAAAGUGGUACACUUGAGUACCCAAUCACAACCAACAACAUCAAGGGCGUCAUUUUGGACAUUUUUGCCGGUGGAAGUGAUACUUCAUCAACCACAGUGGAAUGGGCUAUGUCGGAAAUGAUGAGAAACCCUAGAGUGUUGGAGAAGGCACAAGCUGAAAUAAGACAAGUCUUCAAAGGAAAGAAAAAAUUCCAUGAGAAAGAUCUUCAGAAUCUAAGUUAUUUGAAGUUAGUAAUCAGAGAAACACUAAGGCUACACCCUCCUGUUUCUUUGUUACUUCCAAGAGAAUGCAGGGAGCCAUGCUCAAUUGAUGGCUAUGAAAUACCCAUCAAAACCAAAGUCAUUAUAAAUGCGUGGGCAAUUGGAAGAGAUCCUGCAUAUUGGCAUGAUGUUGAGAGUUUUAUACCUGAGAGAUUUGAUAAUAGUUCAAUUGAUUUUAAAGGGACUUACUUUGAAUAUAUCCCUUUUGGGGCAGGAAGGAGGAUGUGCCCAGGAGUAUUAUUUGGUGUAGCCAAUGUGGAGAUUCCUCUUGCUCAACUACUAUACCAAUUUGAUUGGAAACUCCCGGGCAGGUUGAAACCAGAGGAUCUGGAUAUGAUUGAAGUCUUUGGUGUAGUUGUCAAAAGGAAAAACUACUUGCAUUUGAUCCCUACUUCUUUUAGUCCUUCACAUACCCAUUGAGGCAUUAUCAGUAUGGGAGCUUUGAACCUAAAAAUUACUCGGAAGAUGGUCUAGAAAUUAUCUUCAUUUGUCAAGCUUUUCAGAUGAUUUUUUUUUUAUUUAUUAUUAUUAUAAAAAAAAAGUGUUCUGAGUUUACAUAUUUAAAAAAAUAAAAACUACAAAAACAGAGUGUUAAUAUCAAACAAAGCUUAUUAUCUUAAUAAUAAGUUAGUCGUUAUAAAGAAUGAUCAUUUGUGGGAUGGUUGGUUUGGACAUUCAUGGAAGGAAAGAAAAGUUUGAACAUUUUGGUGAGUUCUUCCAAUUAUGGGAAGAAUGAUAAAAAGAAAUUUGUGUCUAAACAAGUUAUGUCAAGUAUUAUAACUUGUAUGAAGUACAAUCUUAUGCAUCUUAGAAUAUGAUCAUCAAGAUGAUAGUCAUGAACUA